AUGAGGGCGACCCAAGACCCUAUGCUCUCGAGCGUCGCUCACGCUGAAGGAGUCCCCAUCGAUGCGGCGAGUGAUGUGACCAACGACUCGGCCGAUGAAGCGAGCGAAGCUGGCGGGCCGUCUCGCGCAGGCUACUCUACGGAGGUGAAGGAAUACAUGGUCACGCUGCCCUUCUCAUCGAGCCGCAGGCCUCUCUACGACGAUAUAAUCCUUCAAUCCCGACCCGAUAUCGAAGAUUUCUGCCAAGUCUUUCACAACGAAGUAUUGCGGACGCCUAGACCUUCAUCCGUUCACAAGAUUGAGAAACUGUUCUUGAGCCUUCUCAACAUCUGCGACCUCCCACCUGAGCUAGAUGCGCGCUCAUUCAAGAAGCUCUCGCCCAAGGAGAUACAAAAUCUUGCACAGCAUCCGCAACCACCCCAAAAGGUUCUUAUUGUCGCACGCUCGGAAAAGAUUUUGUUCCUACUAGAGAAUCUUGUCGUCGCGGAACACUACGCAUACUCGCGGACGGGGCUCGGGGAUAUGAAGUAUGACCACGCCCAGUGGCCCAUCAACAUCGUCUUGUCUCUGCCCAACCAGCCAUUAGUAGAGAGAACAUCGGAUUUUGAUCUCAUCAUUGGUUUCGACUACGAAUUUAAGCGCUCCAACGUCGCCUCCCGCCUCAGCGACUAUACUCCAUCAGAAAGCAGGCAGCCCAUGGUUUUGCAGUUAGUUCUUACUCACUCGAUCGAACACCUCGAUCUCAGCAUCACCGAAAAGGAUCCCGACAUGCCCAGCUUCGACCACAAGAACGCCAUCGUCAUCGGCCUCACCAAAUUACGGCGUUUGAUCCUCAACCCAGACGUAGGACGUGAGCCGCCUCACGAGACCGCGGCGCGCUUCGCCAACCAACUCAAGUACUAUAGCGAAGAUUUCACGUGGGAGCCCAUCCCCAUCCCCGACGAAAUUUUCAAUUUCUACCUCGAAUCAAGCCAGCCUGCUGAGAUCGAGUCUUUACAGAGCAAGAAGCGCAAGCUUGAUGAUACCGAAAGCCUCGCAACGAAGAGGCGCCGAAUCUCGAAUAAGUCUGCGUCUAUGGUGAACGCUGAACAAGUCGAAGCUCUUGCCCCCAUAAUCCGUUGUCUCGGUCCCGAGGCACUGGACCGUGAGGACUUGAAGCAUGAAACGCUUGUGCCGACAUCUCUACUAGCUGCCAUGGAGGUCAAGUUCAAUGAGAGAAGUGCCGCAUUACAGGAGCUCAGGGCCCUGGUGAAGGAGCUUAGGCAGAUGAAUGAGGACCUUCAAAUGCAAAACAACAGCUACGCCAAGUCCACGGCUGCUGUAAAGAAACUGUCGGAACGCCUCUCGGCCACCCAAGAAGCCAAAUCUAAGCUUGCCAAAGAACUCGCCGAGCUCAAGGCUACACAUGCUUCCAACGAGCCGAGCGACGGUCCCGCGCCCGCUGCUUUGGCUGGUGCUGCUCCGCGACUACCACGAAUGCAGCAACUGCAGAGCCUCCGGAAGCGCCCUCGAGAUCCAGAAGCUUACGAAGAAGGUGGAGAGCGCGGAGCGGAGCUCGAUUACACGCGUGAGGCAUACCAAAACGCCUCACAGUCGGCGAGCGAUCUCGGCAACGAGAACCGCGACCUCACGAGUCGCAUCGCGGAUCUUGAGCACAAAGCAUCGGAAAACCUACGGCAGAUCCACCAGAUCAACCUCGAGAACCAGGCUGCCCGGCUCGCGCGACUCAACGACGAACAAGCGGCGACCCUACGCGAGCGCGAGUGGGAGCUCGACCGCCUCCGUGACGAAGUUCGGAUUCUCAAGGCUGCGAGACGAGAGACGAGGCAGGCAAGUGUACCAAGAAGCCCGCACAUGGGUGUUAUGAGCCCUCGGGCUGCGGGUCGCGCGGUGACGGCAGGUGCAGCUGCACCGGGGGUAGGGGGCCCACCGAGUAGAGGCUCCAGUCCUGCGGCGGCGACGGAUGCGAGCGGCGUGCCGUUAUUUGGGCAGCAGCCUGGGAACGGCCGCUGGGGGCACCUGAGGGACUAA